AUGGAUGUUGAAUGUUCCUCCUGCAGGUGCAGCAUGCUGAAGGGGACAGGUGUCAGCUUCAUCCUGCUGUGUCUGAUGGCAGAAGUCAGCCUCAGCGCACAGCAGGUCUUGAGGAUCGGUGGGAUUUUCGAGACACUUGAGAAUGAACCUAUUAGUGUGGAAGAACUUGCCUUCAAAUUUGCUGUAACCAACAUUAACAGAAACAGGAGUUUAAUGCCCAACACCACCCUCACCUACGACAUCCAGAGAAUCAACCUGUUCGACAGCUUCGAGGCCUCCAGACGAGCAUGUGAUCAGCUGGCUCUCGGUGUGGCUGCUGUGUUCGGGCCGUCCCACAGUUCUUCAGUGAGUGCGGUUCAGUCCAUCUGCAACGCUCUGGAGGUUCCCCACAUCCAGACCCGCUGGAAACACCCGUCUGUAGACAACAAGGACAGUUUCUACAUCAACCUGUACCCAGACUACGCCUCCAUCAGCCGUGCCGUACUCGACAUCGUGCAGUUCUACAAGUGGAAAGCAGUGACGGUGGUGUACGAGGACGCAACAGGGCUAAUUCGUCUUCAGGAGUUGAUCAAGGCUCCGUCACGCUACAGCAUCAAGAUCAAAAUCCGACAGUUACCAACGGGAAGUAAAGAUGCUCGGCCGCUUCUUAAAGAAAUGAAGAAGGGGAAAGAGUUUUGUGUCAUCUUUGACUGCUCGUACCAGACCGCAGCAGACGUCCUCAAACAGCUCUUGUCUAUGGGCAUGAUGACUGAAUAUUACCAUUUCUUCUUUACCACUCUGGAUCUGUUUUCGCUGGACCUGGAGCCGUACCGAUACAGCGGUGUGAACAUGACGGGUUUCCGUCUGCUCAACAUCGACCAUCCUCGUGUGGCGUCAGUGGUGGAGAAAUGGUCCAUGGAGCGACUGCAGGCUCCCCCCAAACCUGAGACCGGCCUGCUGGACGGAAUGAUGACAACUGAAGCAGCGCUGAUGUAUGACGCUGUGUAUAUGGUGGCAGCUGCGUCCCAGCGAGCGUCUCAGGUCACCGUCAGCUCACUGCAGUGUCACCGACACAAACCCUGGCGCUUCGGCUCGCGAUUCAUCAGCAUGCUCAGAGAGGCUCAGUUGAACGGACUGACUGGACAGAUCAUGGUAAACAAGACAGACGGCCUGAGGAAAGACUUCGACCUCGACAUCAUCAGUCUGAAAGAGGACGGCAUGGAAAAGUUUAUGGAAAGUGGUCGUUUUAACAAAGUAUGGAAGAAGAUCGGUGUGUGGAACUCAAACACAGGCCUUAACCUGACAGACAGCAACAAAGACAAAAACAGCAACGUCACUGACUCCAUGGCCAACCGCACGCUCAUCGUCACCACAAUCCUGGAAAACCCAUAUGUGAUGUACAAGAAGUCAGAUAAGCCUCUGUAUGGGAACGACCGGUUUGAAGGCUACUGUUUGGAUCUCCUGAAGGAGUUGUCCAACAUCCUGGGCUUUUCCUAUGAAGUCAAGCUGGUGUCCGAUGGGAAAUACGGAGCUCAGAAUGACAAAGGAGAGUGGAACGGCAUGGUCAGAGAGCUGAUCGAUCAUGUGGCAGAUUUGGCCGUGGCACCGCUCACCAUUACUUACGUACGAGAGAAAGUCAUUGAUUUUUCCAAGCCCUUCAUGACUCUGGGUAUCUCUAUUCUCUACCACAAACCCAAUGGCACCAAUCCAGGCGUCUUCUCCUUCCUGAACCCACUGUCUCCAGACAUCUGGAUGUAUGUGCUGCUGGCCUGCCUCGGGGUCAGCUGUGUGCUGUUUGUCAUUGCCAGGUUCACCCCGUAUGAAUGGUACAACCCUCAUCCCUGCAACCCUGAUUCAGAUGUUGUUGAGAACAACUUCACCUUAAUCAACAGCGUUUGGUUUGGUGUUGGAGCUCUUAUGCAGCAAGGAUCGGAGUUGAUGCCCAAGGCUUUGUCCACCAGGAUUGUUGGAGGUAUCUGGUGGUUCUUCACCCUUAUCAUCAUCUCGUCCUACACGGCUAACCUGGCCGCCUUCCUCACCGUGGAGCGAAUGGAUUCGCCCAUAGACUCGGCCGAUGAUUUGGCCAAACAGACCAAGAUUGAGUAUGGUGCUGUGAGGGAUGGCUCCACUAUGACUUUCUUUAAGAAAUCCAAGAUCUCCACCUAUGAGAAGAUGUGGGCGUUCAUGAGCAGCCGGAAGAACACGGCGCUGGUGAAGAACAACAGAGAGGGAAUCCAGCGCGUGAUGACCACAGAUUACGCUCUUCUGAUGGAGUCCACCAGCAUCGAGUACAUCAGCCAGAGAAACUGCAACCUCACGCAGAUCGGAGGACUCAUCGACUCAAAGGGCUACGGAGUCGGCACUCCUAUUGGUUCCCCGUAUCGUGACAAGGUGACCAUCGCCAUCUUGCAGUUACAGGAGGAGGGGAAGCUGCACAUGAUGAAGGAGAAGUGGUGGCGAGGAAACGGCUGUCCCGAGGAGGACAGUAAAGAGGCCAGCGCUCUGGGAGUGGAGAACAUCGGAGGAAUCUUCAUCGUGCUGGCGGCCGGACUCGUCCUCUCCGUGUUCGUGGCCAUCGGAGAGUUCAUCUAUAAAUCCAGGAAGAACCUGGACAUCGAGGAGGUGAGCGUGGGACACUGUGAAUGGCACAAUAAAUACUGAUGGACAUCACAGGACUUCUUCAGAGGACAUCAGUGGGAGUUUAAUAAAGUACUUAAGCUCCUCCACCUUAUUGAAACCAGAUAUACUUUUGACUAAAAAACACUUAAAUGAUGUCAGCCGUGUGAAAAUUGGU